AUGGCUGAGCAGUUGAUCAAGAAAAUCGUGGCUCAGCCUCGGCGACAGUUUCGAACCAAUGCUAUGCCAGACACAUUCCGGACAGUCAAAAGAAUCAGUGGAUUCGUGGAUUGGAAUCUUCUCUCGGGCUGGUUGUCGUCCUGCGUACAGAAACAUCCGGAUUGUGGACCUCGAGACCUAGGCGUGAGACCUGCUCAUUUUCGACUGAUUGAUGUGCAGCGGCGAUGCAUUGUCUCCCCGUCUCAUGACUGUCGCUACGUUGCACUCAGCUAUGUGUGGGGACCCAAUCCUAAUAAGACCAAGGAGAUGACCUCUCGAGCGACCCUGAAAUUGCUUCAGAAAGACGGCGGACUGCUUGCUUCAAAUGUGGCAAAGACUAUCAACGACGCGAUCCUCAUAUGCACCAAGCUCAAGGAGGACUAUCUAUGGGUGGAUCAGUACUGCAUUAUUCAAGAUGAUCCGAGUGACCAAGCAGAGCAAAUCGCGUCCAUGGCUGCGAUAUAUUCAUCCGCGGCAUUCGUGAUCAUCUCCACAGAUGGCGACAUGCAUGACGGAAUUCCAGGCGUGAGCAGCGAAAGAGCGCAGAAACAAAUCCAGUGUCAGCUCUCAGGAAUCGAACUCAUCAACAUGGUUCCUAGAUGGAGAGAGAUAACUGGUGGGUCAUCUGUAUGGUCAACGCGCGGCUGGACAUACCAAGAAGGGAUCCUGGGGAGAAGAAAGCUCUAUUUCAGUUCUUCCCAGUCAUUCUUCGAAUGCGACAAGAGCAUCCUUGAUGAAGAUGGAAUGUGGCAAGAGGCUCUGUAUUCAUCAAACGGGCUACAUCCGCAGGUAUGGCAACCGCUUGUUGAUAGCUUCUAUAAUCAUGUGUGGAAUUAUUCAGAGCGCCACCUGGGAAGUCAAUAUGAUAUCUAUAACGCUAUCGAGGGUGUGGCUAGUGCGCUAUACGGGAAGAAGCAUCCUCUUUGGUUCGGGCUUCCACGCAAUGACUUUGACAAGGCGUUACUGUGGUGUCCUGACUCAAACCAGGCGAAUCGGAAAAGCGAUGGUUUGUCACCAAACGUUGCACCAAGAGCUCUUAUCCCCAGCUGGUCCUGGUCCUCGACCAAGGGGGAAAAUUUACUGCUAGAUGAUUGUAAUCGAAGACCAAUUCGAUACUGUGGACCACUGGUCGUAUGGCAUUCAUGUCAGCAGACAGAGAAUGGUUUCAAGUUUGAGAGUAUAUCCCCCAGCUCAGCACCUGAUUUUCAAUGUUCCCUCUGUGAGAAGGGCAACGAAUCAACAAGAACCACCCACAACGAAGGGUACGAAGACGAACAGCUUUUAUUCAUAGUCAUUGCAUGGGGACAGGGGUGCAUAGAAAGCGCAUAUCCAUUCAAGCUUCUUCGAAAGACAUCACUUUCGAGUCUCAAAAGGGCCAUAACCUCUCAAUGGCCGUGCAUGCAUACAUCAUGGCAAUUCCAAGGCCUGAUAACCAGACCGUCCAGUGAAGCUGUAUCUCACGCUGCAUCGCUUGAGCCCAGACUCGAGCCAACCGUCGUUUUCACACGUGCACAGUCGACGUUUUUUCGCCUCAAUCUUCCGACUGACCAGGAAAUCUUGCUCCGCGAUUACCCCAUCAUCGACGACGACGACGGUACAGUGGGUGUCCUCAUCGGUCAGGAUCCAGACCUACAAGCAGACCUACGUAGACAUGUAGAGUUUGGCGAAUAUUUCGAAUUCAUUGCCCUGUCAGUCAGUACAUUCAAUGGCAUCAUUUCGCCAGACGCAACAACCAAUUCCGGAAACUUUGAGUAUAGAGAUCCUAAGGAACACCUGCGUGAGAAUGCAGUGUUGAGGGAGCUCACAUAUUUGGAUAAGAAGGGAGCACCUCUUCUCCCGAUCCCAGUCGUGAAUACUAUGCUCAUACGACGCACUGGAUUCACAUCACGUCGCGUGGGUAUUGCUUGGAUUUACCUGAAGAAAUGGGUGCAGGCGAGACCGCAGUUUGUCGAUAUUUUCUUGGAGUAG